AUGUGGCCUCGACGGGUCUAUAGCCGCAACAAGAGGACUGGUGAAAGGCUUAACCUCACCCCGAAGCCUGACCUCGCCCUCCCUGGGAAGACAGAGGCCCUGCCAGGUCCGAAGGGAAAAGGCAAAGAGCAGGGGUUGCGGAAGAUUUCUGAGAAAGAAGAAUUGAGCAGGCCCAGAGGUAGCGGCGCACAGCUGCCAAGUGGGUUAAGUGUUACAGGAGGGAAAAGCCUGCAAGAAAAUAGCCCUGGCAAAGAGACCCCAGAUGAAAAGAUAACUCCAUUGAGUUCAGUGACUGAUGACUUCAAGAUUGACAGUUGUUCAUCCAGCAGUGAACAGCUAUCUUCAGGUCUAACUCUGGAGCAUGACGUUUCCAGGUGUCUCUUGAGUUGCUCAGACACAGAGUCAUACACAAGGAGUAUGGAAGAGAGUCUUGGUAGCUUUUCAUCUCCUGAACUGUUCAGAGGAUCAGACUGUUUGGAUUGGGAGCAUCCCAGGUUGGAAGAAUACAUGCCCUAUAAGAAUUCCACUCUUCUAGACACCAGUAAGGCAGUAGCUAUAGAGAAGGCACCACAGUUUGCAAACCUCUCUGCAAUUCUAAGUUCUUCUUCAGAAAACUAUAAGAAAUGCCAUAGAAAAAUAGGGAUGCCAUUAGAGACCCAACGUGUUUCUCCAGAACUGAAGUAUACUUUGAAUUUAGAAUCAGUGGUGAAAAGUGCAGCUUCGGAGGUUAUGUUUGCUGAGAAAACUGGCCCUCCAACCACCAAAAAAACACAGAAAAAACCUGAGAAAGAAUGUGAAGACAGAGGUCCACAUGCUCAAGCCAAGUCAGGCUCUGGUCAUCUAGAGCACAGGGCUCUGCUCCCCCGUCACAGUUCAGCUCUAGAAAACAAUGCAGUCAGGGGUGCUCUGAUGCCGCAGCCCCUGGAACCCAUGUUGAAAAAAAGUUAUGUUCUUCAUGAUAAUCAAAGCAAAGCCCUCUUAACUAGUACACCAUCUUCAGACACAGCUGAUUUUGUGAUUGAUUUGUCUCCAGUGCAAAAUGUGUCUUUUGAAGAACUAUUUCCAAAUGUCAGCAAUUAUGUUAAUUCAAGCGAAAUUGUUCCUGUGUCAAGCUGGCAAGAAAGUUCAAAUAAGUUUCCUUCAAACACAUCAGAGAUCUGUUGCAUUAUUAGGGCAUCACCAGGAAUGAGACAGAUGAAAAAUAAGGAUGCUGCUGUGAAAAAGAGAUGCUCUCUUCCUAAAGAUGUUCCUCUAGAUAUUAUAAUGAAGACAAACUCCAGAACGUAA